CCGUUCGCUUCCGCUCCCCCUCGGUUGCGGUGUCCCGAGGCGCAGCUCAGGCCAGGCGGGGGCCCGGAGCCGGCGGCGCUGUCCCGGGAGAGCCCGUGCGAGCCCUCGGGCGGGGCGGCGCGGGGAGGCUCCUCCCGCGGGCGGGGCCGCCAGCUCGGCCCGGCAGGUGCGGUCAGGGGCCGGGGCCGGAGCUGCGGCGAGCGAUGCGCUCCCCCAGGGCCGGGCGCGGGGUGGCGGCGGCGUCGGGGCCGGGACCAGGACCAGGACCAGCCUCCGCGGGCCGGGCGCGGGACAUGCGCCGCGUCCCUCCCCGCAGCGCCCCGGUGCCGGUGCCGGUGCCGGUGCCGGGCAGCGACGGCGGCAGCAGCGCGCCCCGGGGCGUCCCGCCGGGCUGCGAGGCGGAGGCGGAGGCGCCGGGUGCCGGGCCGGCCCCGCUCAGCCCCGCCGAGCCCGGCCCCUGGCAGCGCCUGCGGGAGCAGCUGGGCGAGGAGCUGCGCUGGGCGGCCAGCCGGGAGCAGCUGGACGCGCUGCACCAGGAGGUGCAGGCGGGUGGGGACCCGGGGCUGCUGCGCCAGGUGGAGACACUGGUGCAGGAUGUGGCCCAGGACCUGCAGGCACAGAGGCUGCGCGCCCAGGAGCUGCAGGGGCUGUUGCGCAGAACGGAGGUGGCGGCGUUGGCCCAGCUGGCAGAGCUGGAGGAGGAGCUGCAGCAGCAGGUGGCUGUCAGGGAGCAGCAGGUCCGGGAGGAGGAGCAGCAGCUGCUGGAGCUGGCCCUGCGGGGCCUGCGGGAAAAGCACAUACUGGAGGUGGCUGAGUUGCAGGACGGCCUGCACCAACUCCUGCAGCAGGAGCAGCAGAGGCACUCUCAGGGCUCCAGGGAGGUGGAGGCGGCUGCACAGCUGAGGCCCCAGCUGGGGGAGCUCGCCCAGGAGAACAAGCAGCUGCGCCUGGAUCUGCGGGAGGCUGAUACUAGCGCCACACUGCUGCAGGCCGAGCUGGACCGCCUGCGCCAGGAACUCGCCGACCAGAUCCGCCAGCACCAGAGAGAGAAGGCCAUGCUGCAGGAAAUGAUGGAGGAGAGCCUGGCAUUCACCAGCCGCAUCGAGAUGCUGCAAGCAGCCAACCGGAGCCUGCGUGACAGCAACGGAGCCCUGCGCUCGGCCCUGCAGCUCAGCUCGGAGGACAGCCCCCGGGGGCCCCUGUCUCCCGCCUGGCGGAGCCGGCCUGGCAGCCCCCAGGCCCCGGGCUCCCCGGUGGUGACCUACAGCAGGUACCGCGGGGACAACGACUCGUUCCACCAGUUUCCGGCUGUGGCGCGCUGGGCUGACCGGUACCUGGGCCGUGGCAGCUCAGGGCUCCCUCGACAGCGCAGCGCAGCCUCCAGCUCCGAAGGAGACUCGUCCCUCAGUGACUCGGGCAGCGAGAGCUCAGAGGAGGUGCCCAGCCCCCUCCCAGAGCAGGGGGCUGAUGCGGAAGGACCUCGGGGUCCUGGGGGGCGCUCCAGCAAGAGGAAGCUCCCUGCCUUCACUCCCAAGAAGCAGGAGGCAGAGCCCAUGGAGCAGCCCCCGUCCCCUGGCCCCAUCUACCGCCUGGUGCUGGCGGGAGAUGCGGGUGCAGGGAAGUCCAGCUUUCUGCUGCGUCUCUGCACAAACGAGUUCAGGGGAGACAUCCCCACCACACUAGGGGUGGACUUCCACAUGAAGCGGCUGCUGGUGGACGGGGAGCGCACCACGCUGCAGAUCUGGGACACGGCCGGCCAGGAGAGGUUCCGCAGCAUCGCCACCUCCUACUUCCGCAAGGCCCACGGCGUGCUGCUCAUGUACGAUGUCACCUCCGAGAGCAGCUUCCUCAACGUCCGCCAGUGGAUCGACGACAUCCAGCAGGCCACGGAGAGGCCCGUCCCGCUCAUGCUGCUGGGGAACAAGGUCGACCUGCGCGCAGAGCUGCCGGAGACGGCAGGGGUGCACCCGACUCAUGGCGAGCGGCUGGCCCUGGCCUACAACGCCCUUUUCUGUGAGACCAGUGCCAAGGACGGCACCAACGUGGUGGAGGCCGUGCUGCACCUGGCCAGGGAGGUGAAGAGGAUGGUGGACCCCAGCGAAGGGGGUGGAGCUGUGGCAGACCUGCGUAUCCCAGGCACUGGAGCUGCUCCGUUCAGCUGCUGCCGGACCUAGGGCAGGACAGUGAGGCGAGGCCUGGCCUGGCAGCUGGCUGCAGCACCCCCCCUCAGAGCCCCGGGAGGGGGUGGCCCUGGCCUUGUCUGCAGGCGGAGGAAGCGGAGCCGACUGCUGGAGGCCGGCUCAGGGGGCCAGGCCUGGUCUUGAAAAUAAAGGUUUAUAGCAGCUG